AAAACAAUUGCAACAAUGGCCGCUAAAACACCAGCCAUCCCUGUUCUCGUUUCCCUACUAGUCCUUGCCCUGAUUGAAGUCUCUCAAGCCGGUGGGAUUUCCGUGUAUUGGGGUCAAAACGGCUUUGAGACCACCUUAAACAAAACAUGUGAGACUGGACUAUACAAGUACGUCAACAUAGCCUUCCUCAACAAAUUUGGCAGUGGCCGGAUUCCGGAACUCAACCUUGCUGGCCAUUGCAACCCAAAGAAUGGAGGUUGCAAAGUUGUUAGUAUAGCCAUAAGAAACUGCCAAAAGCAAGGGAUCAAGGUGAUGCUCUCCAUUGGUGGCGGCCUAGGCCAGUACUCUCUGGCUUCUAAAGCCGACGCCAAGAAGGUAGCUGAUUACUUAUACAACAACUUCUUGGGUGGAACAUCACCUUCCAGGCCACUAGGCAAUGCUGUUUUAGAUGGUAUAGAUUUCAACAUAGAGCUUGGCUCAACAAAAUAUUGGGACGAUCUUGCCCGAUACCUAGCUGCGUACACCAAGCCAGGAAGAAAGGUUUACCUGUCGGCUGCUCCUCAAUGUCCGUUCCCAGAUAGAUACUUGGGGGCUGCCCUUAAUACGGGGCUUUUUGAUUACGUUUGGGUUCAGUUCUAUAACAACGCAGCCUGUCAAUAUGCUCCAGGUAACACAAGGAACCUUUUAAACUCAUGGUAUCGGUGGACUACAUCCAUUAAGGCAGGGAAGAUAUUUUUAGGGUUACCAGCAACCAAGGCAGCAGCAUCAACAGGAACUGGGUACAUUCCACCGUGGGAGCUAAAGUCUAAAAUCCUUCCGCUGAUCAAGAAAUCACCCAAGUAUGGUGGUGUCAUGCUUUGGAAUAGGUACUUUGAUAAGAUCGGUGGUUACAGCACCGUCAUUAAGAACAGCGUAUAG